AUGGUUGAAAGAUGUCACCAUUCAUUGAUGAGUUCUCUCUGUUCCAAGCUAGCAGGUUCAGGUUUGGGUCUGAGGGAUGAUCAAGCUUGUUCCUCUGCAAAAGUUGUUUAUGGUUCUUUUUUGGUGCUCCCUGGAAUGUACCUAGAUGCUCCAGAGUUUCCCUUGGAGAUAUUCAAGUCUCGAAUCCAUUCUGUCCUGCAGAGUUUUUCAGCUCCUCCUAAUCACAAUGUUCGUGCAACAGCUCCUGCUGUCUUUGCCUCCCUGAAAACUGCAACCCAUGUGUUUGUUCGCAAGGAUUCAACUACUUCUCCUCUCCGCCUUUUGUAUAGAGGUCUGUACCUGGCUCUACAAAAGGAUGUCAAAUAUUUUACUCUGCAGUUAGGAGCUCGGGCAGAUAAAUUUUCAAGAGACAGGCUCAAACCAGUAUUCUCUACUGAAGUUAUAGUUCCUCAAGUUCCUUCAACCAGAGGACAUCCUCGGCAAGCUCCUCCGGACUGUUCGUCGCCCCCUGCAGCUCCUCCUUGGGUUUAA